GUUGAAAAUCCUGAUUUGCCCCCUUUCACAGCAAAACCAGUUUUCCCCUCAUUCCACGGGCACUUACACCCCCCAUCGUUCCCCCCUCUCUCUCUCUCUUAGUAUUUCUCUCUACUCGCAGCUCUCUCUCUCUCUCUAACAGAUUCAGUCGAUCGAGCGGCCGCCCAUCACAGCCCAUGACUCUGAUGACUCCUCCACCGUUAGAUCAGGAGGACGAUGAGAUGUUGGUCCCCCACAAUGACUUCGUCGACGGUCCUCAGCCUUUAGAAGUGGCGAAGGAAGCUGCAAGUAAAGUGGAUGCACAAGCAGUGGAUGAUCCACCGUCAGGAAGGUUCACAUGGACAAUUGAGAAUUUCUCGAGGCUUAAUACUAAGAAGCUCUACUCUGACAUCUUCUUUGUUGGAGGCUACAAAUGGCGGAUACUUAUUUUCCCCAAGGGUAACAAUGUUGAUCAUUUGUCAAUGUAUCUUGAUGUUGCGGAUUCAGCAACUUUACCCUAUGGAUGGAGUAGAUAUGCACAGUUCAGCUUAGCUGUCUGCAACCAAAUACAUAAUAAGUAUACUAUUAGAAAAGACACUCAGCAUCAGUUCAAUGUACGUGAAAGUGAUUGGGGCUUCACUUCAUUCAUGCCUCUUGGUGAACUAUAUGACCCUAGUAGAGGCUUUCUUGUGAAUGACACAUGUGUCGUAGAAGCUGAUGUUGCUGUGCGUAAGGUUGCUGAUUAUUGGUCACAUGACUCAAAAAAGGAGACUGGUUAUGUCGGACUCAAGAAUCAGGGAGCCACCUGCUAUAUGAACUCUCUCCUCCAAACACUCUAUCAUAUUCCCUACUUCAGAAAGGCUGUGUAUCAUAUGCCAACAACUGAGAAUGACAUGCCCACAGGGAGCAUUCCAUUGGCUUUGCAGAGUCUAUUUUAUAAGCUCCAGUAUAGUGACACUAGUGUGGCAACCAAGGAGUUGACGAAAUCUUUUGGGUGGGACACUUAUGAUUCUUUCAUGCAGCACGAUGUUCAGGAACUUAAUAGGGUUCUUUGUGAAAAGCUUGAAGACAAAAUGAAGGGAACAGUUGUGGAGGGUACAAUACAACAGUUGUUUGAAGGGCAUCAUAUGAAUUAUAUUGAAUGCAUCAAUGUGGACUAUAAGUCAACAAGAAAGGAAUCAUUUUAUGAUCUUCAGCUUGAUGUGAAAGGCUGUAAGGAUGUUUAUGCAUCUUUUGACAAAUAUGUUGAAGUGGAGUGUCUUGAAGGUGACAAUAGGUAUCAUGCUGAACAAUUUGGUUUACAGGAUGCCAGGAAAGGAGUUCUUUUCAUUGACUUUCCUCCUGUCCUUCAACUUCAGCUAAAACGUUUUGAGUAUGAUUUCAUGCGGGAUACUAUGGUGAAGAUAAAUGAUCGCUAUGAGUUCCCCUUGCAACUUGACCUAGAUAGGGAGGAUGGCAAGUAUUUAUCACCUGAGGCUGACAGAAGCGUUCGCAACCUUUAUACCCUUCACAGUGUUUUGGUUCACAGUGGUGGGGUGCAUGGUGGGCAUUACUAUGCUUAUAUCAGGCCAACCCUCUCAGAUCAGUGGUUCAAGUUUGAUGAUGAACGGGUAACAAAAGAAGAUGUUAAGAGGGCAUUGGAGGAGCAGUAUGGUGGUGAAGAAGAGUUACCGCAGACAAAUCCUGGGUUCAACAACACUCCAUUUAAAUUUACUAAAUAUUCAAAUGCAUAUAUGCUUGUGUAUAUACGAGAAAGUGACAAGGACAAAAUAAUCUGUAAUGUGGAUGAGAAGGACAUUGCUGAACACCUGAGAAUAAGAUUGAAGAAAGAGCAAGAAGAGAAGGAGCAAAAGAGGAAGGAAAAAGCAGAGGCACAUCUGUAUACUGUUAUAAAGGUUGCACGUAAUGAAGACCUAGUUGAGCAGAUUGGAAGGGAUAUAUACUUUGAUCUGGUGGAUCAUGAAAAAGUUCGUAGCUUUCGAAUUCAGAAGCAGAUGCCUUUUAAUGUUUUCAAGGAAGAAGUUGCUAAAGAGUUUGGUAUUCCUGUGCAAUAUCAACGUUUUUGGUUGUGGGCAAAGCGGCAGAACCAUACAUACCGUCCAAAUCGACCAUUAACUUAUCAGGAGGAAGCACAAUCUGUAGGACAACUUAGAGAGGUUUCAAAUAAGGCGAAUAAUGCAGAGCUGAAGUUGUUCCUGGAAGUGGAGCUUGGACCGGAUUUGCAGCCAGUACCUCCACCUGAGAAGACUAAAGAAGAUAUUCUUCUUUUCUUUAAACUCUAUGACCCAGUCAAAGAGGAGCUCCGUUAUAUUGGGAGGAUGUUUGUGAAGGGUGCUGGCAAGCCAAUGGAAAUAUUGGCAAGGAUCAACAAAAUGGCAGGCUUUGGUCCUGAUGAAGAGAUUGAACUUUAUGAGGAAAUAAAAUUUGAACCCAAUGUCAUGUGUGAACACAUUGACAAGAAGCUCACAUUCCGUACCAGUCAGCUUGAAGAUGGUGAUAUUAUAUGCCUUCAAAAAUAUUCUGAAGUUGCAAGCGAACAAUGCCGUUAUCCUGAUGUUCCUUCAUUUCUGGAGUAUGUACAUAAUCGUCAGGUUGUUCGGUUUAGAUCUCUAGAAAAGCCAAAGGAGGAUGAAUUUUCUCUUGAGUUGUCAAAGCUUCACAAUUAUGAUGAUGUUGUUGAAAGGGUGGCUCACCAUCUUGGCUUGGAUGAUCCUUCCAAAAUUAGGCUUACAUCCCAUAACUGUUAUUCCCAGCAACCUAAACCUCAACCUAUCAAGUACAGAGGAGUCGAACAUUUGUCUGACAUGCUUAUUCACUACAAUCAGACAUCUGAUAUUCUAUAUUAUGAAGUGUUGGAUAUACCUUUGCCAGAACUCCAGGGCCUCAAAACAUUGAAAGUUGCUUUCCAUCAUGCUACCAAAGACGAAGUAGUUAUUCAUACUAUUAGAUUGCCAAAACAGAGCACUGUAGGGGAUGUUCUUGAUGACCUCAAGACAAAGGUGGAGUUGUCUCAUCCUGGUGCUGAACUUAGAUUACUUGAGGUUUUCUAUCACAAGAUUUACAAGAUCUUCCCUCUCAGUGAAAAGAUAGAGAACAUAAAUGAUCAAUAUUGGACAUUACGUGCAGAGGAGAUACCGGAAGAGGAGAAAGACCUUGGUCCCCAUGAUCGCUUGAUUCAUGUUUACCAUUUCAUGAAAGACACAACACAAAACCAGCAGGUACAGAAUUUUGGGGAGCCAUUUUUCCUUGUUAUUCAUGAAACUGAAACAUUAGCUGAAGUUAAAGUGCGAGUUCAGAAAAGAUUACAGGUUCCAGAUGAGGAAUUUGCAAAGUGGAAGUUUGCAUUUUUAUCACUGGGUCGUCCAGAGUAUCUUCAGGACUCUGAUGUUGUGUCUACUCGUUUUCAGAGAAGGGAUGUAUAUGGUGCUUGGGACCAGUAUCUUGGACUGGAACAUUCUGACAAUGCCCCUAAGCGGUCAUAUGCAGCAAAUCAGAACCGGCAUACAUUUGAGAAGCCAGUAAAAAUCUACAACUAGAUCAAAAACUGGAAGAGCUACAACAACUGUAUGAGGUGAAACGUGUAGCCGACAGUACGUCCAACUUUUGUGUAAUAAGCGAAGAAGCCAGAAGGAGGCUGAUUGUUUGGUAAUGCAGGAACGGUUAUCAAGUAAAUUAGAUGUGAUUCAUUCAGCGGUAUGGGAAGAUGUCAUCAACCUAGAAACUCUACAUGUUUUCCCAAUAGAUAGGGACCCGCCUAGUUCCGUGGACAAAGUGGUUUUUAGGUAAGCAUUUGGUGUUAAAGUUCGGUUGUAAUCUACUUACUACACGACGAGAUUUUGUUUUUGGCAUUUGUUGUGGGUCGAAAAUUUAUAUUAGCGGGCUGGUGAGUGAGUGAUUGGGGAUUGUGUAUAGAAAAUAUAGACUGGUAGAGACCUAAUGUUUUUCAUUUAAUCUCCUAAAUUCGUGAACUGGUUUUUGCAUAGGAUGUCACUUGUUAAUGGGGACCCCCGUCCCAGCUUUUGUGUAAUAGAAUGAAUCAUAUCACCAUCAA